UAUAACUCUUCCUCAUUUUAAUUUAGUCAUUGCCAAAUUAUAUGGUCUUGGUAUUCCACUUAAAAUCUUUCCUUUCUCAUUUUCUUAGCUUGCUUCUUAUUUUCCACUUCUAUACAACAAGUAACAAAAAAAAAAAAAAAAAAAAAACCCAUAAAUUUCCUUCAUUAUUUCCUAAUUGGGAAGAUCAUAAACACCAAAAAUAGUACUGAAAGUGGGUUGAAAUUGAGUAAAAGGCGAAAAAAUGAUGGAAAUUCAGAUACCUAUUAAUAGUAACAUCAACAAUAAUAGAAGUGGUAGUAGUAUCAGAGAUGAUACUACUACCACUUCUAUUCCGAAUUUGGACCCCGUAAAGACGCCGAAACGAGCCCGAGACUCUGGCGGGAAACACCCAGUAUACCGCGGGGUUCGAAUGCGGACAUGGGGCAAAUGGGUGUCUGAAAUUCGGGAACCCAAGAAAAAGUCCCGCAUUUGGCUCGGGACUUUUCCUAACCCCGAAAUGGCAGCCCGAGCACACGACGUAGCUGCUCUUAGCAUCAAGGGUGAAUCCGCUAUCCUUAACUUCCCCGAACUCGCCGGGCUAUUACCCCGGCCCGUGUCACAAAGCCCUCGUGACGUACAAGCUGCUGCAGCUAAAGCAGCAGCUAUGGAAAACAUCCACUGUAUUACUAACAACAACGAUAACAAUAAUAAGUCGUCAUCAUCUUCAUCUUCCAGCUCAUUGUCUUUUUCGUCAUCGUUGUCCUCGUGCUCGUCCCUAUCAUCCAUGGUGUCAGCAAUGGAGAUAGGGAACUCGGACGAGUUGAGCGAGAUCGUGGAAUUGCCGAGCCUCGGGCCGGUAGGAAACUCAGGGGAGAUGAUGGGGAGGGAGUUAGUGUAUGAUUUUGAUAGUGGGGAUAAUAAUGGGUGGAUAUAUCAUAAUCCACCAUGGAUGAUGCAGUGUAUGGAGGAUUUUGUAGUGGUGCCUGAAAAUGUUAUUUCAACCACUUUUGAAGGUUUGUUGUGGGAUUAAUGUGAGUGUUGCCUAGUUUUUUUUUUUUUUUUUUUCUUUUGUAAGUGUGAAUUUUGUGUGUGUAUAAUCUCUCUCUUUUUUAAAAACUCUUGUUUUUCUUUUCUUUUGUUUGUGAAUUAGUAAAAAAAAAAAAAAUUAGUUCUCCUCUUUUUGUUUGGAGAGUUAAUUUAGAACUUUUCUAUUGUUUUCAAUUUUUUUUUUUCCUUUUACUAAUUUGGUUCUCCUCCCAAAAUUCUCAAUAAAUUAGACGUUCGUU